AUGAGACCUGUCAAAAGUAGCUUUGAGAUAGAAGCAGAUCUUUAAUCAAACCAACUACUGAUAGGUUAAUUCCCAGACAAUGAUAAAAAUAAUGAUAUCGCACAUCCAUAAAAGCAAAGUACUUACCAAAAAUUCAUAAAAGAGAACCUAUAUUUCGUAUUUGCUAUGCUUAGCUCAUUAUGCUUUGCUGUUCAUAAUUAUAUGAUAUCGUUUGGAAUGAAGUGGCAUAAUGACAGCUCCAUUAUAUAUCCCGAGGCUCUCAGCCUAAUCACCCUUUCAGCUCUUUACUAUAUUAAAAUGUGUGAUGAUACAAGGAAACUAAGAGGCAAGAUUUUUAGCAAGGAGCAUUCGAUAUUCUAUGAAAAGGACACUGGAGAAUUUACACUUAAAAACUUUAGAUAUAUGUUUGUCAGAGCAGUGCUUGCGAUUUUAGCAAUAAGUAAUACUACUACUAUUUCUAGAACUUCAAGAGAAGCAGGUGCUAGUUUCAGUGUGAUGCAAUCUUUGCUUUCAUUGUCUUCAUUUUUAACAGCAGUUGCAUUUUUCUUCCUCUAUAAUGAAAGAUUAAACUGCAAGCAUUUGAUGGGGAUGCUCUCUAUUGUACUGUGCUUAGUAUUUAUCGCCAUCUCCAAGUAACUUAAAUUCUAAGACAGUGAGUAAUACAAGUAGUUGAUUGAAUCUGGACAAGAAAUUUUACCCAUAAUAAUACCGAUAGCUUAUUCAAUGCUUUAGUGCUUUUACUUACUUUGGGCUGGACUACUGCUAAGGUUCGCAGUUAACAAUGGAUAUUCAGCAUUGUAGUUUUCAGUGGAUUUUCAAUUUACAUCAGGGUUGAUAUUUCUCUAUUUAUUCCUUAAAAGGUAGUAUUAUUCUGAUGAGCCUCUGGAAACUUUCUUAGUUUGGUAUUCAGCAUCAGCAGGAAUUGCUAUAUUUGGUGCACUCUUGUUCCUUAACUAUGCUUUGAAGUUCGGAAAAGGAGGGUUGGCAAUUGCGAUAUCUUAAACUAGCAGUGUAUUCAUGCUUUUAUUCGAGAUUGGAUUUGAAGGGAGGAUUCCCAAUGUCUAUGAAGUAUUAGCUAUUUCAUUUGCUAUUCUUGGUGCUAUUAUAAUUGCUCUUGCCAAAAAGUGA